CACCAGUAGACAGAUGCCAACAGAAACUCUUUGUUCCAUUGUAGCUGAACUGAAACGCAGUCUUUCUUUUUUUGUCUCCAUCACCUUCUCUUCUUCUUCCUCGGAUUUCCAUAAUUGUAUCAGUUUCAAGUUCAGUGACAUAGAGAAUGGCGGAGAGAAAUGAUGAAGCUGCAGCAGAGGAAAUGAAUCUUGUGGACACAGCUCCAAAAGUUGAAGAGGCUGAGAAUUUGUCGAAUGGAGACUCAAAAGGUGUCGAUAUAUGUGAGGAAAACCAAAUGCCAUCCCAGCAGCAGGAGGAGGAGAUCAUCAAGAAAAAGUAUGGUGGCUUAGUACCAAAGAAGCCCCCAUUAAUCUCCAAGGACAACGAACGUGCUUUUUUCGAUUCUGCUGAUUGGGCUUUGGGAAAGGCAGGGGCACAGAAGAGCAAAGGACCACUAGAAGCUCUUCGCCCUAAAUUGCAGCCCACACCACAUCAGCAAGUACGCUCCCGAUCAGCGUAUGCACCUGCAGAUAAUGAUGAUGAUGAUGGAGAUAGUUGCAACUCCGAUAAUUUGAACUCUGCUGAAAAUCAAGGCAGUACUUUGGAUGGCAGCAUCGAGAGCCACAGCCAUUCUUCCCAGAAUCAGGACCACCAAAUCUGAUUUUCCGUCUGAGUUAACAAAAACAAUGUAAACUUCUUCUAUUCAAAGUUAUGCAUGUUGUAGCGUUAUGGUUUGAUGUCAUAAACGAAUUGCUCCGUAUCCACUUAUUUAAGACAAUUUUCUAUGAUUUC